AGCGCAGUGGGAAACACGUGGUAUCUCUGCGCUGCAAGACUGAAGUGGAGUUAUCUGUGGCUGCCUGGAACUUCUCUCGUAGUGACGGGCCUUAAAACUGACUCGGAAGAUGCUAGCCUCCAAGCACACACCAUGGAGGAGGCUUCAGGGCAUUUCCUUCGGGAUGUAUUCGGCCGAGGAGCUCAAGAAGUUAAGUGUUAAAUCCAUUACAAAUCCUCGCUAUGUGGACAGCCUGGGAAACCCUUCAGCAAAUGGCCUGUAUGAUUUGGCUUUGGGUCCUGCAGAUUCCAAAGAAGUAUGCUCUACCUGCGUGCAGGACUUCAACAACUGCUCUGGACACCUGGGCCACAUUGAUCUCCCGCUCACAGUCUACAACCCUCUCCUCUUCGAUAAACUCUACCUGCUGCUCCGAGGUUCCUGUUUAAAUUGCCACAUGCUGACUUGUCCUCGGGCUGCAAUCCACCUAUUGGUCUGCCAGCUGAGGGUCCUGGAAGUCGGAGCCCUGCAAGCAGUCUACGAGCUUGAACGAAUUCUCAGCAGGUUUCUGGAAGAAACUACGGAUCCUUCUGCCUCUGAAAUUCAAGAAGAGUUAGAAGAGUACACAAGCAAAAUUCUGCAGAACAACCUCUUGGGGUCCCAGGGUGCACAUGUGAAAAAUGUGUGUGAGAGCAGAAGCAAACUUGUCGCUAACUUCUGGAAGACACACAUGGCUGCUAAGCGCUGUCCACACUGCAAGACUGGACGGUCAGUGAUUCGGAAGGAGCACAAUAGCAAGCUAACAAUCACGUACCCAGCCAUGGUACACAGGAAAUCAGGCCAGAAGGAUGCAGAACUCCCAGAAGGAGUCCCAGCAGCUCCAGGAAUUGACGAGGCUCAGAUGGGGAAGCGAGGGUACCUGACCCCAAGCAGCGCCCAAGAUCAUCUUUUCGCCAUUUGGAAGAAUGAAGGAUUCUUCCUGAAUUAUCUUUUUUCGGGAUUGGAUGAUAUUGGCCUGGAGUCCAGUUUCAACCCCAGUAUGUUCUUUCUAGAUUUCAUAGUGGUACCGCCAUCCAGGUAUCGUCCCAUCAAUCGCCUGGGUGACCAGAUGUUCACUAAUGGCCAGACAGUAAACUUGCAAGCUGUCAUGAAGGAUGCAGUUUUGAUCCGGAAACUUCUGGCACUGAUGGCCCAAGAACAGAAACUGCCCUGUGAGAUAACAGAACUCACCAUAGACAAGGAAAAUGAUUCCUCAGUUGCUAUCGACCGAUCCUUUCUAAGUUUGCUUCCAGGCCAGUCUCUCACAGAUAAACUUUACAACAUUUGGAUUCGCCUUCAGAGCCACGUCAAUAUUGUGUUUGACAGUGAGAUGGAUAAAUUGAUGUUGGAAAAGUACCCUGGCAUAAGACAGAUCUUAGAGAAGAAGGAAGGCCUGUUCCGGAAGCACAUGAUGGGCAAGCGAGUUGACUACGCAGCCCGCUCGGUCAUCUGCCCUGAUAUGUACAUCAACACCAAUGAAAUUGGAAUCCCCAUGGUAUUUGCCACAAAACUGACUUACCCCCAGCCAGUGACCCCCUGGAACGUGCAGGAACUGAGGCAGGCAGUCAUCAAUGGACCCAAUGUGCACCCAGGAGCCUCCAUGGUCAUCAAUGAGGAUGGCAGUCGCACAGCCCUGAGCGCAGUGGAUGCUACGCAGCGGGAAGCUGUGGCCAAACAGCUCCUGACACCAGCCACAGGGGCUCCUAAGCCUCAGGGGACAAAAGUUGUGUGUCGGCACGUGAAGAAUGGGGACAUCCUCCUCCUGAACCGACAGCCCACCUUGCACAGACCCUCCAUCCAGGCCCACCGUGCCCACAUUCUGCCUGAAGAGAAAGUCCUACGCCUUCACUACGCCAACUGCAAGGCCUACAAUGCUGACUUUGAUGGAGACGAGAUGAAUGCCCACUUCCCGCAGAGUGAGUUGGGCAGAGCUGAAGCCUACGUCCUGGCCUGCACUGAUCAGCAGUAUCUUGUUCCCAAGGAUGGCCAGCCAUUGGCAGGAUUGAUCCAAGAUCACAUGGUUUCAGGUGCAAACAUGACCAUUCGUGGAUGCUUUUUCACCCGGGAACAGUACAUGGAGCUGGUGUACCGGGGGCUCACAGACAAAGUGGGACGUGUGAAACUCUUUCCUCCCGCCAUCCUGAAGCCUUUGCCGCUGUGGACAGGGAAGCAGGUUGUGUCGACCCUCCUCAUAAACAUAAUUCCAGAGGACUACGCCCGCCUGAAUUUAUCUGGAAAGGCAAAAAUCGGCAGUAAAGCCUGGGUAAAGGAAAAGCCACGACCUGUUCCCGAUUUUGACCCUGACUCCAUGUGUGAUUCCCAGGUGAUCAUCAAGGAAGGGGAGCUGCUCUGUGGAGUACUGGACAAGGCACACUACGGGAGCUCUGCCUACGGCCUGGUCCAUUGCUGCUAUGAGAUCUAUGGGGGUGAGACCAGCGGCAGGGUUCUCACCUGCCUAGCCCGCCUCUUCACUGCCUACCUACAGCUCUAUAGAGGUUUCACCUUGGGUGUAGAAGACAUUUUGGUUAAGCCAAAUGCAGAUGUGAUGAGACAGCGCAUCAUUGAAGAAUCUACCCAGUGUGGACCCCGGGCUGUCAGGGCUGCAUUGAACCUGCCAGAAGCUGCAUCAUGUGAUGAGAUCCAAGGGAAAUGGCAGGAUGCCCAUCUGGGCAAAGACCAGAGGGAUUUUAACAUGAUUGAUAUGAAGUUCAAGGAGGAAGUGAACCAUUACAGCAAUGAGAUUAACAAGGCGUGUAUGCCUUUUGGCUUGCACAGACAGUUCCCGGAGAACAACCUGCAGAUGAUGGUGCAGUCGGGAGCUAAAGGGUCAACUGUGAACACAAUGCAGAUCUCUUGCCUGCUGGGCCAAAUUGAGUUGGAAGGUCGGAGACCCCCACUGAUGGCGUCUGGCAAGUCACUGCCCUGCUUUGAGCCUUACGAGUUCACCCCCAGGGCUGGUGGCUUUGUCACUGGAAGGUUCCUUACCGGUAUCAGGCCCCCUGAGUUCUUCUUCCACUGCAUGGCGGGGCGAGAAGGCCUAGUGGACACUGCUGUCAAAACCAGCCGUUCUGGCUAUCUCCAAAGGUGUAUCAUCAAGCACCUGGAGGGACUGGUCAUCCAGUAUGAUCUGACAGUCCGUGACAGCGAUGGCAGCGUGGUACAGUUCCUGUAUGGAGAGGACGGCCUGGACAUCCCCAAGACACAGUUCCUACAGCCCAAGCAGUUCCCUUUUCUGGCCAGCAAUUAUGAGGUGAUAAUGAAAUCCAAGCAUCUUCAUGAAGUUUUAUCCAGAACAGAUCCCCAGAAAGUGCUCCGCCACUCCAAAGCCAUUAAAAAAUGGCAUCACAAGCAUCCCAGUGCCCUGCUGAGAAAAGGCGCCUUCCUGAGUUUUUCCCAGAAGAUCCAGGCAGCUGUGCAAGCCUUGAACCUAAAGGGCAAGACCCAGAAUGGCCGCAGCCCAGAGACCCAGCAGAUGUUACAGAUGUGGUAUGAACUGGAUGAGCAGAGCCGACGAAAAUACCAGAAGAGGGCCGCCCCGUGUCCCGACCCUAGCCUUUCUGUGUGGCGCCCAGACAUCUACUUUGCAUCUGUGUCUGAAACAUUUGAAAAGAAGAUUGAUGACUACAGUCAGGAAUGGGCAGCUCAAGCAGAGAAGAGUUACAAGAAAUCAGAGCUUUCCCUCGACAGCCUGAGGACCUUACUGCAGCUAAAGUGGCAGCGCUCACUGUGUGACCCAGGAGAGGCUGUUGGCCUGCUGGCCGCCCAGAGCAUCGGAGAGCCCUCCACACAGAUGACACUGAACACCUUCCACUUUGCAGGCAGAGGCGAGAUGAACGUCACCCUGGGCAUUCCAAGAUUGAGGGAGAUUCUCAUGGUGGCCAGUGCCAACAUCAAAACGCCCAUGAUGAGCGUGCCUGUGUUCAACACCAAGAAAGCAUUGAAGAGAGUGAAGAGUCUGAAGAAGCGGCUCACCAGGGUGUGCCUGGGGGAGGUAUUGCAGAAAGUUGACAUCCAGGAGUCCUUCUGCAUGGGAGAAAAACAGAAUAAAUUCCGGGUGUAUGAGCUCCGGUUUCAGUUCCUGCCACAUGCAUAUUACCAGCAGGAGAAGUGCCUGAGACCUGAGGACAUCUUGCACUUCAUGGAAACCAGAUUCUUUAAGCUACUAAUGGAAGCUAUCAAAAAGAAGAAUAGCAAAGCAUCAGCCUUCAGAAGUGUGAAUACUAGAAGAGCUACACAGAAGGACCUCGAUGACACUGAGGACUCGGGGAAAAAUCGGAGAGAGGAGGACAGGGAUGAGGAAGAGGAAGGGAACAUUGUGGAUGCUGAAGCUGAGGAGGGGGAUGCAGAUGCUUCUGACACCAGACGCAAGGAAAAGCAAGAAGAAGAGGUUGACUAUGAGAGUGAGGAAGAAGGGGAGGAGGAAGAGGAGGAUAUACAAGAAGAAGGGGACAUCAAAGGGGAAGGUGCCCACCAGGGCCAUGAGCCAGAUGAGGAAGAAGGUUCAGGCCUCGAGGAGCAAUCAUCCCAGGACCCUCCCCACCGCCACUCCAGGCCUCAGGGAGCUGAGGCCAUGGAACGCCGGAUCCAGGCUGUACGGGAGUCCCACUCGUUCAUUGAGGACUACCAGUAUGACACAGAGGAGAGCCUGUGGUGCCAGGUGACUGUGAAACUCCCACUGAUGAAGAUUAAUUUUGACAUGAGCUCCUUGGUUGUGUCCUUGGCCCACAAUGCCAUUGUCUAUACAACCAAGGGCAUCACUCGGUGCCUCCUGAACGAAACAACCAACAAUAAGAAUGAGAAGGAGCUCGUGCUGAACACAGAGGGAAUCAACCUCCCUGAGCUGUUCAAGUACUCCGAGAUACUGGACCUGCGCCGCCUCUACUCCAACGACAUCCAUGCCAUGGCCAAUACUUACGGCAUCGAGGCUGCGCUGCGGGUGAUAGAAAAGGAGAUUAAGGAUGUGUUCGCUGUGUAUGGCAUUGCAGUUGAUCCUCGCCAUCUCUCCCUGGUGGCUGAUUACAUGUGUUUUGAGGGUGUUUAUAAGCCGCUCAAUCGCUUCGGGAUCCAGUCAAGUUCCUCCCCUUUGCAACAGAUGACAUUUGAAACCAGCUUCCAGUUUCUGAAACAGGCCACCAUGAUGGGAUCCCAUGAUGAACUGAAGUCACCUUCUGCCUGCCUCGUGGUGGGAAAGGUCGUCAAAGGCGGGACAGGCCUGUUUGAGCUCAAGCAGCCCCUAAGAUAGCAGCAUCGUCUGCCCAGCCUGGCAGACCUGGAGAUGGGCACAGCUGGCAGUUUAGAGUGACAUAGCAAAGCAGUGACCUUGGGCUCCAGAAAGCAGGUGGCCGGAGCUAGGCCACCUUCACUCAGAAAAGGCUCCUCCUACCUAGGCUUUCUCAUCUCAGGAUCAGGAACAGGCUUCCCAAGCCCUCCAAGAUGGCUGUUGCUUGACUUGUACUCCAGGAGGCCACAGCCAAGAUCCUGACGAGACCCAGGACUGCACAAUGGGAAGAUCACUAUGAGCCAUGUUGGCUGUUGGGAAUCCUGGGGUGCCACCAUUACUAUGCAAAACUCCUGGCUAAGGAAACAUUACCAGGGGUUCCCAAAGAUCCAGAAAGGGCAUGGAACCUGCUUCAUGUACCUGUCCCUCCAUGCUGCAGCCACCAAAGGAGAGUCCUCAAAGAGGCUCCACCCAGGGCUGCUUUAGCCACAGUCAGUGGCACAAGCCCCCCCCACCCCCAUACCACCAUUGCUGUAUGGCUGCAUACACCAGACCACACUGCCCCCCACAGCCAAGACAUCUCUCUGGGACCGCAGCAGCUCUCUACAUCACAGAAAGCCCAAAGUUUCCCACUGGGGCUAUGCAGCAAGGCCACGUAGCUUGACCUUCCUGCCUCUGCACUCAGCUUGAUGUCAGAGCCCAUAGUCACCCCCAGGCCCUGCACUGUUGCGGUCUGUGAGCCACGCAGUGAGGUUCCCUGACUGGACAGAAAAGGCAGAGGUUUUAUAAAGCCAGGCCAUUUCUAUUUUUGUCCACUGUUAUUCCAACAUGAGCUGAGUAAUAAACAUGGCUGGAACUGGGUGUUAGAAGAUAAUCAAGACUUAAGCUUUGAAUCUUUCCCUUAUGGUUUCUGCAUCUGGUAAUUAGGAUUUUCUUGGUACAGAUUGCUUUUAUCUGGCAGUGUAGGGGCAGAUCUUGUGCCCUACUACAACUCCCAGUCUUCACCUCUGAAUCCUACCCAUGGCCAGAAGCACAGAACAGAAGGCUGUGGGAAGAAUUUGUGUCACCUUAGUCAGGUAAGAAGGCUGUAGUGACCUCAGGAAUGGGCUGAGCUAAAGGUCACCUUGCCAGAAGAGAUUUUGCAGUCUCCUCCAGGCACAUGAUGGGACGGACCUAUCCUGUGUAUACCCAAGAAAGCCAACACCUCAAAACAGACUGCAGGACAUGGCACAGAAGACUGGCACAGCCUCUAAGGGAAGCAGACAGAAGGGUUCCAGAGAAUCCCCCGAGGACGAAGCCUGCAGGAUAGAUGGCACAUUGAUUCAUUCUUCAGGUGAAAAGGCAGGUUGAUUUCUAAACUAGAGUGGAGAGAGGGGAUUCUUGUAGGAAAUGUCAAGAUAAUCUGGGAGCUGUGGCGUCCAGAGAAUACGAGAGUGUGUGGCUUCCUGCAGCCAACCUCUCCUGGAACUGCAGAGCAUAGAGCUAAAGGAGCAAACCCUGAUGUAAGCGUAAACGCGGGCUAGAGACUGACCGCAUUUUUACCAGACCUCUGACCCGUACUGGAGCCUGGAGUGGUGGCAUCCCUCCUCCCCCUACCCACCCAGCUGGUUCACAUUUACCUUGGCUCUACUAUGCCUGUUUUGAAAUAGCUUCAAAGAAAAAACAUUUGCAGUCCUGAGAAUAUUCCCCAGACUAUUGCCAUAACCUGUCAGGGAGACCAGCCUCAAAGGAUUCUGAACAGAGAAACACCAAAGCAAGGGAAUAAUCCUGUAAAAAUAGCCCAGCAAGGAGGAAGUGAGCAGGCUCUAGAUCAGAAAAAAAAAAUAAGUAUGCUCUUUUCUACUUAUCUGCCUGGGGUGAAGUCAUAAUGUUCUCCCCACCCCCACCCCCCACUUCAGCACUGAAGAUUGAGCCCAGGGCUGCACGUGCUAGGCAAGUGCUCUGCUUCUGAAGUCACUCCCCAGCACCUGGGGAACAUUUUAGAAAGCUGAUUAUAGAACCACACCCCAGGAUUAAGAUAGAGUGGCCUAGGGUGCAGCCUGGAUAUGAAAUGAGCUUCAGAAGAGUGUACAGCAAGAGUCGAAAACCACAAGCUUAGUUCACCCACAGUACUGUGACUUAAAGCUAACUUCACUUCAGUCAGAGAUGACUUGUGGGAAUAAGUCACUAGCCCUAGGUCCUCCAGUGAACUCUAAAUAGCUAAUGUCUGCGGGAACUCUAAAGAUUGCCCAGAGGAAGCUGCAGUGAUCUCACACAUGAAGCCUGGCAGAAGAUAGGUGCGGUUCUCUUAGGAAGCUUCUAAGUCCAGCACAUUGUGGAAGCUGCUUGUCCACCUUUCAGAGUUCCUUCCAGGAGGACACUAGCAGUACUAAAGGAAGGGGAUGCUUGACCAGCCAGGAUUUUGUCUAAAACAAUUCCAUGAGCAGUAUCCAUCAAAACAUUGACGCUUUGGCUUGGAGACACACACCUAUAAUUCCAGCACUUGGGAAGCUGAGGCAGGAGGAUCUGAAGUUUAACAUCCUCCUGGUCUCCAUAAUGAAUUCAAGAACAUCUUGACCUACAUAGUAAGACAUUGUCAAAAAAAGGAAACAAGGGCUGGAAGUGCAGCUCUGGGAGAGUCCCCUUCCAAGGGCCUGGGCCCAGCCCCAGCACAGCAAAUUAAAAAGACCCAGAUGUCCAAAGAGGCUCAUCCUUCUGGUUCUUCAAGUACCUCUGUCCUGUGAAUGCCAAAGAGGCUGCGUAUGGGUCUGAGGUGUCUUUGAAGGCUCUGCGGUGGCCGCACUGAAGCAAGUGUAUGAAUCGGUGUGGCAUCUGCUGCUGCUUCCUUGCACCCAAAGCUCGCAAAAAGUGCCCUCUCUCCCAGUUUCCUCCCAUCCUGCAUCCAUCCCACUCCAACCUCCACUUGCGACUUGCGUGAACCAUGCAAGCCCUAGUCUCAUGGAACUAGUAAUACAGCAUGCCACACAUCUCACCAGGUAAUUCUGCCUUAUUACUAGCCAAAGCGGGCAUCCUGCGACUCUUCCAGGUAGGACCGAACUGCUGGCUUCAUGGAGAGGAAAGAGAAAAUCUGGGUGCUCAGAGGCCAGAAGAGAGGAAACUGGGAAAAAGUACGAUUUCAGUCAUUGCUUCCGCACCACAGUUUGCUCUCCCACACCUCCCACAUUCUGCUUUCAUCUUGAAUAUAGAAGCCUCAUCCUGGUCCAGCCACAUGUGCCUCUGUAUCUCUAGCAAGUUUGAGUUUCUGUGUGAGGAAGACCUGCUGGCCUUGCCUGGGGCCGCUUUCUAGACUAGCUGCCCAUUGUGCUGUUGUCUCAGGAGCUCAGCCAGUUUGGGGCUAAAGUAUGCAUGUGAGGGUCCCAGGCACUGGUCCCAGUGGACUACACUGAACAACCCUUAAUCAGGACUCCUUUUUUUGGGGAGGGGGUAGGUGGAUGGGUGUGACGUAUAUAUUUGUAUGCGUGUUGGUACAUGUACACGUGUGUGGAGGCCAGAAGUCAGUGCUGAGGGUCAAUGCUCAGUUACUUUCCAUCUAGAUUCCGAGACAGUUUCUCACUGAGCCCAGAAUUCAGCAGUUGGCUACUUUUACAUGAAUAUUUGAUGACUUGAAUCCAUAUGUUUGCUGUGACUUUAAUGACUGAGCCAUCUCCCUAGCCCCUGACCCAAUAUUUUUACACAGAAAUAAUGAGCCUGACAUUACAGUAGGUAGAGCUGGCCAAACCUCAAGGACAGCAGACAAGACAACUGGCGCAGAGGACAGAGUCAAGUUCUCUCAGCUCACAAAUGUAAUGCCUUGCCCUUUCUGUUCUUCCUUUAUGUAUAAAAUGGUAAAUAAGUGUU